GCGGUGAUUGAAUUGUCGUGGCCACUCCGUCAAUCCUCCCGUGGACCGAACCCGGGACGCGAAGAGAAGAGGUAGAAAUUCGUGUCCACAUGGCCUUCGCACCGCAGGAUAGCGGAUCGGACGGCUGCCCGGAACUCAUAGCGGGGGUUUUGACCUCACCCGACUUGCCGAGAGGAGGCCGAGCAGGUGGAGCCUUGGAGGCAACCUGAAAGGCCGGUGACGAGCACGGACUUGCGGGGAGGACUGGGCGCGGGAGGCAAAGUAAACAGCCGCUGCUUGCAGGAAUGAGCUCCCGGCGUGAAACCUCGAGAUGAUUGCGUAGCUUUGAAGGUGCGAACGAACGAGCAAAGGAAGCGUUCGAGCCUUUUGCGAAAGCCGUGGCGCUCCGGCUGCUCGUAUGUGCUCGUGCGUACGGAGUGACUGAAUAUUGUGCUCUGGAACGAAUUUCGACUUCGGAAAUCGAUGCAAACUCCUGCUUCAUGAAUUCAGGUGCCAAUUGUUGAUGGCGAUUUUUGAGCGUGAGGCGAGUUGGAUUUCGAGUGGCGUCUGAAGGGAAAACAUAUAAUGGUGUUGAAGACUCCAAUUCCGAGCCUUGCACGUCUAGACAUUUAGGUUGCAUAAACGGGCAAUGCAAACAUGCAGGACAGGAGGAUUGGAAAUAUGUAGUCUUACGGAGGAAACGUUAUCAGAAGAAAAUGAUGAAUGGUGGAAAAAAGAACAUGAGUACCUACAGGCUCACAAAUGUGACUCACUCGGAAGUUGCACACUGCCUGCCGUUGCCAAGCCUCCCGACAUCCUUUGGGGCGAGCAACCCUGCGCUCUAUCUAUUUGACGAGGAGUCUGCCACGAAAGUUCGUGCAACCAAUGACUCUGCGGUACUUGCUCAUGCGGGCAAAAUUGCCGAAUUGCUCAAGUCCACAGACAUAAGCUACCUGUCGCUGAGGGAUAAGGACAAACAUCUCGCUCCUGGUGUCACUGGUGAGCCAGGAAGUCUUCUUGAUGCUGUUCUGCAAUAUGAGCCCGACGCGUUUAGCUGUGCUCCUCCAGCAUCUCGGCGGAGAACUUCGCGGGGUGGUGUCGGAGGAACUCCUAGUCUUGUAAAAGCGUCUCCACACUUAGCUGCACUCCAAUCAGAGAACCAUGCUGGAACCUCAUCACCUGCUCCUCCGUAUGAUAAUCGCAAUUCGUCCCCAAAACUUGUAAUUAAACCACCUGCUCCGAUUUUUGAGAAUUAUGUCGGUGCUUCGUCUCAUGUUCAUCAGGCGUCUCCCCGACCUGCCAGUCAACCAUCCCCGAGAGCGUACGAGGAUGUUCAUACCGCGAAUAGAAAGAGCAGAAUGCAGAGAAAGAGCAAUUCCAAAGCAAAAGCAGAUGAGAACGAGUUUAAGAGUAAUAACCCAGCAGAUUAUGGAACCAUUGUGAAAGGGUUGUGCGACCUGCUAGAUGAGCUGUUUGAAAGAACUGAUGCUCCCGGUGAAGAUGAAGGGGAGGAAUCAGGGACAUUCCUUUCACUUGCUGAAAUAAAAACAGUGGCCGAAGAUGUUGCUGACCUGCGAGCUAAGAAUGCUUUGCAACAUGUUCCUACUGAGCGCCUCAUAAAGCUGUUGAGCUUGCUUGAUCGUCACAUACAACGCUCUCAAUUACGAGACAUUGACGACGAAGAUGAUGUGGACGGGGAAAGCUUUGUACUGGUCAUGUCUGCUCUUGAAGCUGUUCAAAUUUCUCUUUUAAUUAUGACCGUCCGUUCGAUGCCCAAGCAAUUAUACAAAGAGGAAAUAAUUGAUCACAUCAUUGAAUUCUCAAGAUACCAGAUAGUUCAUACGGUUUUUAGUGCCUACGAUCCUGUUUACCGACAGCUGCAUAAGAAAUCUGGUGGUGAAUUGGAUGAAGAUGACGAUGAUGAUGACGACGAUGAGAACGGUGGAAAGAAGGGUCGACGCAAAGGCAAGGCAACCCGAGCAAAGAAAAACGCUCCAACUAGGGUUUCUGGCUCCGUAUCGAAUGUGCUUCACAAGCUUUGCAGUAUCCUUGGACUUCUAAAAGAUCUUCUUGCAGUGGAGCGCUUAUUGGAUAGUACCGUUUUACAGCUCACUAAGACGGUUCUUGCAACAUUCUCUGUAGACAACAUCCAGCUUCUACAGCUGAAAGCCAUCGGGGUUGCCUGCAUGGUUUUUGAUGUGUACCCACAGCAUCGGACCAUUAUAUUCGAUGAAAUCAUCUCACAGUGGUGGAAGCUUCCCUCUUCUAAACGUUCGCUAAGAACGUUCCAGCUCCAAGACGAAGAUGCGUCUAAGCAGAUUCAGAUGUUGACAGCUCUCUUGCUUCAGCUCGUGCAAUGCAGUGUUAGUCUUCCAAACCUUGAGGCGGCAGCACCAGAUCCGAAGCCGGAAUCUGUGUCCGCCGAGAAUCCGUCUGCACGCACAGUCAAGUGCUUCGAGCCUGCUAUGGACUCUUGUACUUAUUUCUGGAAGGUGGUUUUACAACGAUGGGCGGCACCAAAGGGACAAGAAGGCGCUGAUAUUAAAGCUAUUGUGGAGAAUAUUGUGGUUGAUCUGCUGUCUACGCUCAAUGUACCAGAAUAUCCUGCAGGCUCCCUCCUGCUUCAGGUGCUUUGUAUCUUACUCUUUGGAGCAGUGGGAAUCAAGGCAAAAGACGCUGUUGUGAGGGGUACAGCAAUAGAUUUGCUCGGUCAAAUUGCUGCACGCUUAAAGCAAGAUGCUGUAAGCAGUAGCAACGAGAAACUUUGGAUUUUGCAGGAGAUUUAUGGUAAGGGCAUCCACGUGGAAGAUGAAGCAGCCAAAAAGACUUGUGUUGUUUGCUCCAAAAGCAAGGGAAACCUGGUUAUGGUACCUUGUGACGGCUGUCAUAGAUGGUUCCAUGCAGAUUGUGUUGGGGUAAUCGGACACGAUUUGCUCGGGCGUGGAUGGCUUUGUCAUUACUGCUUGUGUAAAAGACAACUGUCCUCCCUUCGAUCUGAAGUGAAACCUCAAAUUACUGGAGGUCCUUCUCUUCCACGAAACAAGAAGGUUGAGGAAGUUGACAACUCGAAAGAAGGAAUCGCCGUAGUACAGCAAAUACUCCUCAACUAUCUUCAAGAAGCUGCGACUGGUGACAGUGUCUCUGCCUAUGCGCACAGGUUUUAUAUCUGCCAGUGGUUUCGAGACGAUGGUCAGUCCAUUGAGAAUUUGCAAUUCUAUCAUAGUCGGUCCAUCGCGAAAGCACCCCUUCAGGACUUCGGGAGUGCACCAGCUCCUUUAUCGAGAAAUGUUAUCUUGCGAAUUGCAGGCGCACUUGGACAGCAGAGGCCUCUUGCCAGGGGUUUUGACCGCAUUCUCGAAAGACUACUGGCGAGUUUGCAGGAAAAUUCACCCACACCUCGUGCGAAGGCACUGCGAGCUGUGAGUGCUGUUGUUGAGGUGGACCCAGAUGUCUUGGGUGAUGAGCGAGUGCAGCGCGCAGUAGAAGGGCGUUUUUUAGAUUCAGCCAUAUCAGUGCGUGAAGCCGCCAUGGAGCUGGUUGGAAGACACAUAGUUUCCCGUCCAGACUUCGCUGUGAAGUACUUUGAGAAAAUUGCAGAGCGAAUAAUGGACACGGGUGUCAGUGUUCGUAAACGGGUUAUAAAAAUUAUUCGUGACGUCUGCAUGUCAAACAUCGGAUUCGCUAAAGCAACGGAUGGUUGUGUUCGGAUCAUUUCCAGAAUCAAUGAUGAAGAAUCCAGCAUUCAGGAUCUCGUGGGGAAGACUUUUUUCGAGUUGUGGUUUGAAGAGAACUCCAACUCUUCUGCACAAUACGUAGCAGAUGGAAGCUUCGUGCCUCUCGAAAUAGCCGAAAGAACUCAACAAUUGGUAGAUGUAUUGAGGAGUUUGCCCACCAAUCAGUCCAUGGUGAGCAUCAUCAAGCGUAGUUUGGCACUGGAUUUUUGUCCACAAGCGGUCAAGAAUUCAGCAACAAGCUCGGUUACACAGGCAGCUGUCAGACAUCGUUGUGAAUUGAUGUGUAAAUGUUUGCUGGAAAGCAUACUUAAGGUGGAAGAGACAGCUACUGAGGAUACAGAAAUCCGGGCACUUCCUUAUGUUCUAGCUUUGCAUGCGUUUUGCACUGUGGAUCCUACUUUAUGUGCACCAGCAGCUGAUCCUGCACGAUAUGCUGUCACAUUGCAACCCUACCUUAAAACUCAGGUAGACAGUCGGGAUGCUGCUCAGUUGCUGCAAAGCAUCGUGUUUGUCAUCGAUACUGUUUUACCCUUGCUUCGGAGACCACCUCAGAGCUUUGUUGAAGAGCUGGAGCGGGAUCUGAGACAACUGAUUGUUCGAUACUCUUUUUCAACAGUUGUUUAUGCAUGUAUAAAGUGUCUAUGUUCAUUAAGUAAAGUUGCCGUGAAGGGAGUCACAUCGUAUGAGCUUUUAGUAAGUCGAUUUUUCAAGUUUCUGGACUCCUGGCGUAAGACUUCAUACCAACCCUCUGAGAAACCGAAUGUCCUACGAUACCUCUUUUGCCUUGGUGUGCUCGUACGGUUUGGUUCGGAUUUGUUAGACUUUAUGGAGGACAACGACGUGAACAUGCAGCAGAUAUUGAGUCUCUACAAGUUUUAUAUGGUGUCUCCAGACUUUGAUGUCAAAGCUAAAGCAUUGCAGGCCGUUGGGUUUGUAUUUAUAGCAAAGCCUGACUGUAUGAUGGAGAAAGAGAUGGGAAAGCUGAUUGAAGACUCACUCUCUACGAAUGCACAUCCUCGUCUGAAGAUGCAAAUGCUACGAAACUUCAGUGACUAUCUCGUAGAUGUAGAAGAAAUGAUGGGAGCGACGGAAUCCGCUCCUGAAGCUGAGAAACGUGAGGCGCGAGGUAAUGCUGUUCCAGUAGCGGCUGGAGCUGGAGAUAGUAAUAUUUGUGGCGGGAUUAUUCAGCUACACUGGGAUAUUAUACUGGAAAGGUGUUUAGAUAGGAGCGACCAUGUUCGGCUCGCUUGCUUAAAGGUCGUUGAAAUUGUGCUUCGACAAGGGCUCGUUCAUCCAAUGACAUGUGUACCACAGCUUAUAGCGUUAGAGGUGGAUGAGCACGAGGCUAAUGCGAAACUUGCACAUCGGUUACUAAUGAAUUUGAACGAAAAGUACCCGUCAUUUUUUGAAAGCCGUCUGGGAGAUGGACUUCAGCUGUCAUUCGUUUUUAUUAAUUCUGGUGCCUCUUCCGCGGAUAACGCCUUAAACGGUUUGAAGCCACCUUUUGAUGGAAAAGUUAUUGAGCAGAGCACAGCGAAGUCUGCAAAAGCGGGAAUUGCACGAAUUUACAAACUUAUUCGCGGCAGCCGACCUUCUCGUAAUAAGUUCCUUUCAUCUGUCAUCAGAAAAUUUGACAACGCAGCCACAGGAACUCCAUCAUCAGUACCUUUCUUGGUAUAUUGUGCAGAAGUUCUUUCUGCGUUACCGUUUGGACUCCCAGAUGAACCAUUGUACAUAGUCUAUACUAUCAAUCGUGCUGUCCAAGUAAGGGGAGGAGUUUUGGAGGCAAACAUGAAGGCGGCAAUUUCCGAUGGGCAUCUUGGAGUUGUCGCAAGGCAAGUACUAGGCGUAAUGGCUGCAGAAAAGGAACAGGAGGGUGAGGAAGCAUACAAUGUAAAUGCCACGGAGGAGGAAAUACCAAAGUCAUCCAACGAUCCGGUGGACAAUACGGAAGGCAUUCCUGAUGAAGUUUUAGACAAGCUUAGGUUGGAUUGCAAUGCCGCAAUGGCACUAGCAUUGUUAUUGCGUUUGAAACGACACUUGAAGAUUGUGUACAGCUUGAAUGACGCCCGCUGUCAGGCAUAUGCCCCAUCCGAAACCAUUAAACCUGGGGAUAUCCUCUCUAGACGUGAUGUCAAGGAGUUCAGCACGAGGGAGCUACCAAUUGAACCUCCUACUACAGUUCGUCAAAUGUUAGAACAAUAUCAGGCCUUCAAGCGUCUAUUGAAAGAAGAUGCCAUGGACUACUCUACUUACACUGCCAACAUUCCAACCAAGAAACGGGGUCGCGCUGCUGCUGGUGCUAACCAUGGAGAAACCGUUGACGGUGGUCAAGCGAAUGGCUACGCUCAACCAACACGGACACUAAGGAAGAAAACUGCUGCAGCGAUUGUUGAUGAACCAGCUUCAGAGUCAGGAGAAGAAACUGAUGAAGAGUGGGGCGGAGUGGGUGGGAAGAAGAGAAAGAGAGUAGCUGGAAUCGGAGCAAAAGGUCGUGGGAGUAGGAAAAGUGUUGGUGUACUAUAGAGAAAGAUUACGAGGAUAUCUCAUUCCUUCCCCCAAUAAGACGAGCUGCUAGGAAACCAAGGGCAGCCAUAGCCAGCAAUUUUGACUGAUUGUACACUGUACUAUACACAUGUAGAGAUGUUCAAAUUCUUGACAGAAACCCACAGUAGACGAGCAGAGUAGACAAAGAAAGAGCAGAGGUCGCACAGCGAUGAGCUCCUCUAUGUAAAGCCUUCAACAUUUGAAGUCCCUGUAAAACACAGCAGAGAAUUAACUCUCUGUCAUCUCGAGGGAGUUGUCCACACUA